CCACUUUUAGCUUUGGGACCCAACACCAGCCCUCUCCUCUGAGGCUGGGGACAGAGUUUGGGGCCGGGACAUCUGCGAGAGGCUCAGAGGAAGCAGCGGCGGCCGCAGCAGCAGCAGAGGCGGCAGCGGCGGCCUCGGCAGCAGCACCAGGGGACCCGGCGCGCGGGGCAUGAACUUGGAGGGAGGCGGCGGCGGCAGCGGCGGCGGCGGCGGCAGCAGCAGCGAGUGCGGGAUGAGUUCUGUGAGUUGCGGCAACGGCAAACUCCGCCAGUGGCUGAUUGACCAGAUUGACAGCGGCAAGUACCCGGGCCUCGUGUGGGAGAAUGAGGAGAAGAGCAUCUUCCGCAUCCCCUGGAAACACGCCGGCAAACAGGACUACAACCGCGAGGAGGAUGCUGCCCUCUUCAAGGCCUGGGCACUCUUUAAAGGGAAGUUCAGGGAAGGCAUUGACAAACCAGACCCUCCAACCUGGAAGACAAGGUUGCGCUGUGCCCUCAACAAGAGUAAUGACUUUGAAGAAUUGGUGGACAGAAGCCAGUUGGAUAUCUCAGAUCCAUAUAAAGUUUACAGAAUUGUUCCUGAAGGGGCCAAAAAAGGAGCUAAACAACUGGGCUUGGAGGAUCCUCAGAUAAUUAUGAACCACUCUUUUGCAAUGCCUGCUCCCUACCCAUCACUACAAACUCAGGUUCCAAACUAUAUGAUGCCCCACGACCGUAAUUGGAGAGAUUUUGUUCCAGAACAGCCUCACCCAGAAAUCCCCUAUCAAUGUGCAACUGUCCCUUUUGGGCCUCGACCUCACCAUUGGCAGGGCCCUGCUUGUGAGAAUGGUUGCCAGGUGACGGGCACCUUUUAUGCUUGUGCGCCACCUGAGUCACAGACUCCUGGAAUAUCCAUAGAGCCAAGCAUAAGGUCUGCUGAAGCCCUGGCCCUCUCAGAUUGCCGGCUGCACAUCUGCUUGUAUUAUCGUGAUAUGCUAGUGAAGGAGAUAACCACUUCAAGUCCUGAAGGUUGUAGGAUAUCUCAUGGCCAGAGCUAUGAUGCCAGCACCUUGGAUCAGGUUCUUUUCCCCUAUCCAGAGGAUAAUGUCCAGAGGAAAAACAUUGAAAAAUUGCUGAGCCAUUUGGAAAGGGGAGUGAUUCUCUGGAUGGCACCUGAUGGGUUGUAUGCUAAGAGACUUUGUCAAAGCCGGAUCUACUGGAAUGGACCUUUGGCAUUAUGCAGUGACCGUCCUAAUAAGCUGGAAAGGGAUCAGACCUGCAAACUUUUUGACACACAACAGUUUUUAUCAGAGUUGCAAGCAUUUGCUCAUCAUGGUCGCCCUUUGCCAAGAUUCCAGGUGGUUUUGUGCUUUGGAGAAGAAUUUCCAGACCCCCAGAGGCAAAGGAAACUUAUCACAGCCCAAGUUGAGCCAUUACUUGCCAAGCAACUCUAUUACUUCGCUCAGCAAAAUAGUGGACAUUUUCUGAGGGGCUUUGAUUUACAAGAACACAUUACUGGACCAGAGGAUUACCAUCGACCAAUUCGACAUUCCUCCAUCCAAGAAUGA